AUGUGCUCCCUCCCACUGGCACGAUAUUACAUAAUUAAGAAUGCAGAGCAGAAGGCACUGUACCUGAGGAAUGACCAGCUGCUGGCAGGGGACCCGGGCACAGAGAAUGGCAGCCCAGAGCGGGUGUGCGUGCUCCCCAACCGAGCCCUCGACCCCAGCAAGUUCCCCAUCAUCAUCGGGAUCCAGGGCGGGAGCCGCUGCCUGGCUUGUGCGGAGACCGGGGAGGAGCCCAAGCUGCAGCUGGAGGACGUGACCAUCGAGGACCUGUACAAGGGUGGGGAGCGGGCCACCCGCUUCACCUUCUACCGCUCCAGCUGUGGCGACGCCUUCCGCCUGGAGGCAGCCGCCCGGCCUGGCUGGUUCCUCUGCACCCCGCCUGAGCCCUGGCAGCCCCUGGCGCUCUCCAGCGAGGCCGGAGCCUCCACCCGCACACAGUUCUACUUCGAGUUGAGCCGGUAGGGCCAGGGACCGGAGGCCAGGCAGUCCUGGUGUCUGGUUUCCCUUUGGACCCGGAGCCCGGCCCCCUCCGUCCUGGGGGAGCGAGUAAAGUGUCUGAGUUUCCUUGCUAGAUGAAUUUGGUGCCCACUCCAGAGCCCGGGCCCACUCCUCCACCGGGCAGUACAUUCCAGCCGAACCGGGGAAGGGGUCAUGAGAUCCCGAUCCCCCUCUCCCCUGAGCUCUAACAGAGCCCUCCCCAAUCUUCUCGCUUCCUCUCCCUGACCACAUUCCCCAGGAGCGCCCCAGCCCCCACCAUGGGCACCCCAGAAGCUCAUGUGUUCUCGCAGGCCUGAGGAAUUAGACUCAACCCAGAUCCUCUA